AUGGCAGGAUAUGAGACUGAGAACCCAACAAAGCUCAAAAGAAAUUCAUUAUACCUUUUCGGGUCUGUUGGACGUGGCAAGACCAUGCUAAUGGAUACUUUCUACACGGCGAUCUUACAUGACGCGACUCUCACUUUGAGGCACAAGCGCGAACAUUUUUUCGACUUCAUGAGAGAGAUUCACAAACGAAUGCGAGAUGUAGACAGGCAAAGAUCACCUGAAUUGACACCUGUUGAGAUAGUCGCCAAUAGUAUUGCCGAUGAGAUCGAUCUAAUCUGUCUGGACGAGGUUUCUGUCGUGGAUGUCCAAGACGCUUCUAUUCUACCUAGAGUACUGGAAAUCCUAUCGCUGAGGGGAGUCACGUUAAUCAUGACUUCGAAUAUGAAGCCCAACGAACUUUAUGCGGGAGGCCUCAAUCGACAUAUAUUCAUACCGCCACUACUCCGAGCUUUAGAGCAGACGUGUGUUGUCGUCAACCUCGAUGAGCAAGACGCUGCGGAACAGGUUGAUCAUCGGAAGAAUACAGCGACUCGAGGGAAAUGGGCAGACAGCCGAUACUAUUGCCCUGGCUCAAGCCCAGUCGUGGCUACUGAGUUCGAUGAAGAUUUUCAGCUAAUCGAAGGGAUAUGCCAUGAAGGUCCCUGGAUAUUCAAUUUGCCGCACUCGCCGACUCGGACAUUACGAGGCGGAAAAUACAAGCUGGACAAGGAUCGUCUCAGUGGUGUCAUGUUCGAUUUCGAUUCCCUCUGUGGCAGAGAGCACGGCGAAGCCGACUUCAGCGCCCUGGCUAGUCACUUUCAACUCCAUGGAACAGUGUUUUUCAUCCGAGACGUCCCUGUCUUUGGGGAACUGGAUGGCCUUGGGUGUGCGAGGAGAUUUGGCAAAUUGGUCGAGAUUUUGUAUGAUAAGGCUAUCCCUGUACGGAUUCUAGCUUCCGAUACACCUGAGGAGAUCUUUGCGCUUUUAUCCAACUCGCAUGAUGCAGUUGAACAACUUGUCGGUGAUAAAAUUCCUAUCGGAGUGCGUGGAGCAGUUCGCGAAGCCAGCACUCGUGCUUUGGACCGCUGUGUGUCCCGACUCCUUGAGUUGGCACGUUUCGGAUGA